UCUAGAGUUCCAUAACCUACAUAAAAGGUCCUUGAGCUAUCAUUCUUUUUCACGUUUACACUCAAAAAGCAAAAUAUAAAACCCCCCAGGGCAGUGUUGAGGACGAAAACAAUCAUCAAACAACCAUUAAUCCUUCUUCCACCGAGUUAUCUUUCUAAUACGAUGGCUAGGGUUUUAUCGAACAUGCUUUUUAAGGGAUUUAGGUCCAUGGAGUAUAGUCGUACAACUGCUUCGGCCUCUGGAUCAUUCUUGCAGCAUGGGAUGAGAUUUUCAACUAGUGUGCCCAAUGAUCCUGAUACACAUGAUGAUUUCAAGCCCACAAAUAAGCUGGAGAAUUCUGAAAUUACUCUAAAGGACAUUGUUGAGCAGGAUGUCAAGGAUAACCAUGUGAUGAUUUAUAUGAAAGGGGAUCCAGAACAACCGCGCUGUGGAUUCAGCUCAUUAGCAGUCAGAGUAUUGAGUGAAUACCGAGUCCCUAUACAUUCAAGAAACAUACUAGAAGAUCCCGAGCUUAAGAAUGCUGUAAAAGCUUUCAGCAUGUGGCCUACAUUUCCUCAGAUAUUUAUAAAUGGAGAAUUUAUUGGAGGAUCAGACAUUAUUCUCAAUAUGCAUCAGAAUGGUGAACUGAAGGAGAAGCUAAAUAAAACAUCUUCAGAUUAAGACAGGAUUCUUGCUGCUAAAUGAUAUUUGAUUUAUUAUGUGAUUUUAAAGCGCGGUUCUUAUUACUACCGAGUGUUGAAAUAAAUGUUACUGUUGACAGUUUAGACUAUGCGGCAUGGAGACUUGUUUACUUUUCUUGAUUCUCCUUGGCAGUUUUCAUGUCUCUUAUAUGUUGCUUAGAAAUGACGACUACUGCAAAAACGAUGCUCGUCUUUUUUAAAAGCUAUUGUUGUACCUGUA